CCGCGCGGCGGCGGGUGGGAGGUGGUGCGCUGCCCCGCCCCCCCGGGUGUGCGCGAGGCGGCGGCGCGUGGCAGCGGCGGCGGCUCUGCUCCCGCUCGCGGGCUCCGAGGGGCGAGCGCAGGCGGCGCCGAGGCCGGCGCGGCCAUGACCGACUUCAAGCUGGGGAUCGUGCGGCUCGGCCGGGUGGCCGGCAAGACCAAGUACACGCUGAUCGACGAGCAGGACAUCCCGCUGGUGGAGAGCUACUCCUUCGAGGCUCGGAUGGAGGUAGAUGCUGAUGGAAAUGGUGCUAAAAUAUUUGCUUAUGCAUUUGACAAAAAUCGUGGAAGGGGGUCUGGCCGCCUGCUACAUGAGCUGCUUUGGGAGAGACACAGGGGAGGGAUUGCUCCGGGGUUUCAGGUGGUACAUCUGAAUUCGGUGACAGUGGACAACCGCCUAGACAAUCUGCGCCUUGUUCCUUGGGGGUGGAAACCCAAAGCUGAGGAAGUCUCUAGUAAACAAAGGGAACAAAGCCUGUACUGGCUGGCAAUUCAACAGCUUCCCACAGAUCCUAUAGAAGAGCAGUUUCCUGUACUGAAUGUAACACGAUACUACAACGCUAAUGGGGAUGUUGUGGAGGAGGAAGAGAACUCAUGCACAUAUUAUGAAUGUCACUACCCCCCAUGCACAAUGAUUGAAAAACAGUUACGUGAAUUCAACAUAUGUGGCCGAUGCCAGGUAGCGAGGUACUGUGGGUCGCAAUGCCAGCAGAAAGACUGGCCUGCUCACAAGAAACACUGUCGGGAGAAGAAACGGACCUUCCAGCAAGAGCUUGGACCAGAACGAUGACCGGGUGGCACAGGCCUCUUAGCAGCAGGAUUCCUUCUCAAAGGCAUUGGACUCUUGCUUUUGCACAGUAAUGACAGACUGCUUAUUGAAGCCAGAGGCACUGAAGAAGAAAAACCCUGUGAUGCUUGAGCACAACAGCUGACUGGACUGAGCCAGCCUGACUGGUGCUGUGGAAAGGGAUUGGGUCUACCCUUCCAGUAUUAUAUUCUCAAGCAAAAAGACUACUGUAGAGGCUCCAGGCAGGAAGCUUCUCAUUAUUUAUAUGUUAAUACGUUUGUAAACUCAUGUACAGUUUUUGUUAGAAAUUCUUGAUAGGACUCAUUAACUGUAAUGUUCAGAUGAGAACACAUUGUUGGCCUAAAAGUUAAAAAAAAAAAAAAAAAAAAAAAAAAAAAGUCCCACAAAAAAACCUGUCAUGUAGCAAAAGCUUUUCCUCCCAUGUGGCUAAAAGUAUCUGUGGCUGUGCCAAGGCCAGGAGGCAGGCUCCGACAUCAGCAGUUGCUCUGGAGAACUCUGCAUGGAAGUUAUAUUUAAAAAAAAAAAAAAAAAGGAAAAAAGGCAAACAAAGUAAAGGUUGGAAUGAA